GUUCAUUUAACGUUAAUUAUUAUGAAGAGCAGCUGAAUAUACGCGAAGAGAGUUUGCGCUGGGGCAGCUCAAUGGAUGAGCCUUUCUAUCUAUGCGAUCUGACAAAGCUAAAGCAACAGUAUGAACUCUGGCGCGAAAAGCUGCCAAAUGUUAAGCCUUACUAUGCCAUGAAAUGCAAUGCGGAUCCGCUUGUGCUUAAGACUUUGGCAGCAUUAGGCGUUGGUUUUAACUGCGCUUCAAUGCGUGAACUGCAAACGGCAGCUGAGCUUGGCGUCGAUGCUGACAACAUAAUAUUCGCACACACCUGCAAGCCUUUGAGCCAUUUGAGCUUUGCCGCGCAGCAAAAUGUGCUGCUGAGCACCUUUGACAAUGAAGCUGAACUCUACAAAAUCAAAGAGCAUUUGCCACAAUCAAAUUUGGUAUUGCGUUUUCGUUGCGACACUGCCUUAAAUGCUAAAUUUGGCUGUGAUGUUGCCACAGAGGCAAAAGCUUUGCUCAGCUUAGCAGCAAAGUUGCAAUUGCGUGUGGUGGGCACAAGUUUCCAUGUGGGUGCAGCUUGCGAGGAGCCUGCAGCAUAUGAACGUGCUAUAGCCACCGCUAAACUGCUCUAUGAUGAGGGCAAGUCGCUGGGCUUUGCCAUGCCGCUUGUUAAUCUUGGUGGCGGCUUUCCAGGACGUAAAGCGCAUUACUUUGCACCGAUUGCUACAGCUAUCAAUGCAGCGCUUGCAAAAUAUUUUGCCAACGAACCUAUAGAAAUUAUAGCAGAGCCAGGUCGCUUUUUUGUAGAAACAGCCGAUACGCUAAUCUGCAAGAUUAUGGGCAAACGGGUAGUUCGGCAUGCCUCAGGGGAAAUACAAUGCAUUCUGUAUUAUCUAAAUGAUGGCAACAGUGGCUCAUUCUCUAUGUCACGGGAUUAUUCCAACAUACAACACUUCAGAGCUAAUGCUGACAAGCUAGACAUGUUUCAAUCAAUUUUAUGGGGUCCGACAUGUAUGUCUGCAGAUAAGAUUGCUGAUAACAUUUAUUUGCCCAACCUUAAUAUAGGCGAACUGCUAGUCUUUCCUGAAAUGGGCGCCUACGGCUUGAGUCGCGCUACGGAAUUCAAUGGAAUGCCAUUGCCCAAAAUGCUAUACUAUGCCAGGCAAACUGUUUAGUAUAUAAGCAAAUAUAUGUAAUAUAAACUGUACUCAGUUAAUUUUAAACUAUGUCUAAACUUAAAGCUU